GGAGGAGCUUCAUGUACUUGGAAUAAAACUACAUUUAGAUUUUUAGAUAUCUACUUUUAAAUAGACAACAUUGCGUGAAUGUGUAGCCAAAUAUAAACGAGUUAAUUGUGGAUGUUUUUUUUUUAUUAUUAUUUAUUUAAUUAUUUUUCAAAAUCAAGGUCCUGCUAAGCUAGCUAUUUCAUUCAGCGCUCUCGUGCGUUUGUGUUAUGUUUCAAAUGUAAGCUCAUGAAACUUUUGCAAUGGAUAACAGCACCAUUUAUGUUCGAGAAAAGGGUAGCCUUCGUCGGGUCGGUGGCAUAAUCCUGGCACAACCUAAACUGGCGUCGUCAUGCAGAAGGACAAAUCCAUUUUUGCUUAGGAAAGAGCAUUACAUAUUCACCUACAAUGAAGAAGGAAGUUUGAGAUAUACCACUAAAUCUCUCUUUGAUAUCACUCUCUUGUUUGUUGCUGACAACAUCCACCAUGUAGACUCUCUGGUUGGCUUCCCAGAGCAAAUAGGUGAUAAACUUUUUGUAGCAGCAGAGGAAAGUCGUGUAUUUUUAAACCCAGAUAUUUCUCCAAAAGUUCUAAAGUUAUUCAAUGAUGCGUAUGGAGAGAUGGUGCUUGGAUCUCUUUGUUUAAGAAAUAGGUUUCCACUCCUGCAUGAGCGAAUGGAGGAGAUAAGAACUUUUCAUAGUUUGAAGUCUCUGGAUUUGUAUGGCUGCAAACUGGGUGAUAAUCAUGAGCUUUUCCAGCAUCUGACAUCCACCUCAUUGGCAAGCAGCCUCACCCAGCUUUUUAUUGGUGGUAACGGUCUGUCAGAUGCUGGCCUGCAAAGACUGACAGCACCUAUCCGAAUAAUGCGGAAGGGACUGGACCAUCUUCAGCUCCUGGAUGUUUCCCACAAUCCCCUCACAGACAGGGCUCUCAGAUACCUCACAUGCCUCCCAAAACUUGAAAAGCUUGAUGCGUCUGAGACCAACAUGAAGCUUGGCACAAGAUUAAAAGAAACCAUAUGGAGCCUGUUGGGUCUAAUUCAUUCUGAGAAACCAUUGGACACCUUUGAUCACACAGGAUGCAAAACGGAGGGUUGGGCAGAGCAGGUUAUAAAUCAGUGGGAAAUAAAUGGCUCACAAAUGCCAAAGCAGAAGAAAAUUGAGGACUCAAGGAUAGCAGCUCUUCGCUUUUUUGGCAGGCAGAAGUUUGUCAGAGAUGUUCUGAACGCAGCCCCCCUGGUUGGUGAUGGUGAGGAGGCUAGCAGUGAGAAACUCCAUUUCUGCAGACCUGCAACAACCAACCAAGAAACAGAGAAACAAAUUUCUUCAACAACAAACGGUCACGUGAAGUCUCUCUGCUGUAAUGUCAAAAAAAGAAAGCAGGAGCCUGAAAAGGGUGAUGCAUCAAAUCAAACACCCCCGACAAAACGUCCAUCUCCAUUAGCUCUUACUGAGGAGGAGAUAGACUUGUUGAACAGCUACCAAGGCACACACCAGAGCAGGAUUCCCUAAAAGAGAAAGUGUGGUAGUAUUUAGCUUCUUAAUUACCAGGAUCAUCUCCAGAUGAUUCACACUUGUGUUCUGUAGAAAGUCUUUUUCCUGUGACACUGUUUAUAUUUUCGUUUUAUAAGUAAAGUUUUGCCUUAACAUGUUUUUUCAGAUGGUUUUGCAGUUUGGAAACAGUAAAAUAAAUGUGAAUGAGUAUAAACACAAUGUUCUAACUGGACAGCAAUCUCAUUGUCCCAUAAUGCUCCAUGCAUUACAUUUAUACCAUAUCUGGGAGCAUGGUGAGAGUAUUAAUUUUUUGCUUGUUCUGAGACAACACAAGUCACCUCCAGAGAUUCAGUAGCAGGUGCUGGGAUGUCUAUUAAUCUUCCUUCUUUCUCACUGCACAGUUUUCACUGUAUAUUUAUAUUUCAAACUUGAGGCACCGUUUAGAGCUUAUUUUGAGACUUCAUACAACCACCUAAUUCCAGCAGCACUCCACAAGACCUAAAAACAGACUUUGAUGUGUAAAAUCUAUGAAGUACCUCUCAAAAUCAAAUUACAACACAGCUAACCUGAAGGCUUAGUACUGUGCCAAAACAGAGUACAAGAAGGUGGACUCAGAGGACUAAUAGGGCUCUCUAGAGUAUUCAGUCUCCAAAUGCAUUUAGUAAGUGCUGUGUAAUUGUACUCCAAAGUCAUUUAAGGCAUGAAAUAUUUGACAAAGAGCCAGUGCUGAGGAUAUUUAAGCUUUAACAGCAGGGGCAUGUAACAAAAGGCUAGUUAUGUCUACAGUAAAGGAUGAAAAUCUUGCAUGUUUUGUUCAAAUGAGAAAUAACUGUGUGUGUUUAUGCUAAGAUCUGAUUUUGCAUAGUUGUAGAAGAGUGAUAAGGAAUGGAGAAUAAACAGUCAUCA